GGGUCCCCCCAAGCGAUGCUCUUCAAUGGAGACAUGCGCGACCUGGGUUUGUCCACGCCGGUCGACGCCAUUCUUACGUCUCCGCCAUACCCUGGAGUGUACAACUACUUGCCGCAGAAUCAGGACAGCACGCCGAACCCUAUCGAGGCCGCUGCCUUGCGUGGCGUGUCGCUGAGUGCAGCUGCGCGCGGAUACGAUGCCUCCUUUCGGACAUCGUCGCCGGAGAUCGGUGCAAGGCGCACCUGGUCGAGCAACACCAUGGCAUCCUUCGAAGCGGCAUGGCAGCUGCAACAGGAGGAAUGGCUGAGGUCUGCUCGGGCUUGCCUGAAGACAGGCGGCACGGCGACCUUAAUGAUUGGCGAUGGCGACUCCUCCGUGGAAAAUGGCUUCGAUAAUUUGGCUUCUACCUUGGCUGCUGCGGAGGCUGUUGGGUUCGAGACUGUAGGGUUGGCAACGAUCGAAGCGGUGGCUGACGAAGCCCAUAGGACGAGGGGCAUGCAGCGGACGGAGCACAUGGUGCACCUGGUGGCGGUGAAU